CUCCGCCUCCGCCUCCACCUCCACCUCGUCCUCCCCAGCCUCCACCACCGAGCUGCCCUCUGCGCCCCCCGCCCCUCGCUGCCACCACACCAGCAGGACCUUCACCGGCCUGAGGAUCUUCUGCAGGAGCUUGUAGUUUGAAUAGCUCUGCACUCAGGCCAACUACUGUUCGGCCCUACAGCCAGAGAGGAGUCUGCCCGUCUCUCCGUCCAACAUGGACACUUUUUUCCGCCGUCACUUUAAGAGGAAGGAAGCAGCUCUGCAGGUGGAUGCAGAGGCCAAACCCUGCCGCCAGCGGAGGCCCAGCGUGGCCAUCCCCACCAGCAAGGCCCGCAGGAGGUCCAGCGUCGGGCUGCCUUCCUCCACCUUGACCCAGCAGCGGCGCUCCAGCGUCCAGCUGCAGGUGGGGCUGCCGUGCGCAGGAGGGGGGCGUCUGGCAAAAACAGCCAGGCACAACAGGUGGGCGGGACACGUUCGCAGGCGCUCCAGCACCACCACCCCCAACCUCAACCCGAGGUUUGCCGUGCGCAGGAAGAAGGUGGGGAAGCUCCGGACCAUCGACACCCACCUGCUCGGGCCGUCCAUGCUGCUGGCCAGUCUGAUCCAGAUGGCUGAGGAAGAGGAGGAGGAGGAGGAGGGCGGCAUGGGGGCGGGGCUACCGGCCGGGGAACAGCAGGUGGAGGUGAGGGGCGGGGCCAACAACAACAGGAGGAUGUUUUCACGCUCCAGCAGCCUCCACUCAGACGGAGACGAUGACAGCAGCGAUUACUCCACCGCCGACGACAGCCAAUCAGAAGCCAGUCAGCUGUCUGAGGCGGAGCGGCUGGCUGAAGAGGAGGACGCCACCUCCUGGUCUCCUGAUCAGCACUUCUCCACCCCCUCCUCCUCCUCCGCUCUGGAGGUGAUGAGAGACACUCCCCAGCCUCCGUCGACGUCGCGGCCCCUCAUCAGGGCCCCUCGCUGCCUCCGCAGGAACUCCUCUCAUGUUUUUGCGGGAGACUCUGCUCCCUACGGCCGCUAUCGUGCCUCCAGCCAGAGAAAGAGGAGAAAGAUCUCCACCGUCUCCAAGGCUGGGAGCCCCUGGCCAGGAAGAGGCCCCCCGCUGCCCAGCCGCAGGAGUUCAGUCUACUACCUCAACCACCUGGCCUUCUACAGGGGCCCCGGAGCCCUCAGCCCGCUGGGGGCCCACGCCUACGACUCGCACCUGGAGAGCUGGAGUAGCUUCCUGCUGAAAGCCAUGGCGAAGUCGGGCCUGCCGCACGUGGCGGCUCAGCCCAACGUCUCGACGUCCGGACAGGCCGACGCGCUGCACGAGCCCAACAGCACCGUCGACUGGAGCGACAACGCCCAGUUUGGGGACCACAUCUGGUUUGAGACCAGCGGGUCAGGAGACUUCUGUUACGUUGGAGAGCAGUACUGCAUCGCUAAAUCACUGCAAAAGUCAGUGGCGAGGAAGAAAUGUGCUGGAUGUAAGAUAUCGGUCCACACCAUGUGCAUGGAGCAGCUGGAGAAGGUAAACCCCGGAUCUUCUCUGGACCAGAUUCACUCGGAGGCUUUUCUUCUUGCUGUCCUCACAGUCUCUCGUCUCUGUGUUCAGAUUAAUUUCAGGUGCAAGCCGUCAUUUAGGGAACCGGGAUCUCGAGCUGUUCGAGAGUCCAACGUUGUGCGGCACCACUGGGUCCACAGGAGGCGUCAGACAGGGAAGUGUCGACAGUGUGGGAAGGGAUUUCAACAGAAGUUUUCAUUUCACAGCAAAGAGAUUGUUGCCAUCAGCUGCUCGUGGUGCAAACAGGCGUAUCACAACAAGGUGACGUGCUUCAUGCUGCAGCAGAUAGAGGAGUGCUGUUCUCUGGGAGCUCACGCUGCCGUCAUCAUCCCUCCUACCUGGAUCAUCAGGGUCCGGAGAACACAGUCGUCUCUAAAGUCCAGUAAAAAGAAGAAGAGGACGUCGCUGAAAUGCAACAAGUCGAGCAAGAAGGGGGCAGAGGGCCAAGAUGGCCGCUGGAAGCCCUUCCUGGUAAAGCCUCUCCCCUCUCAGCUCAUGAAGCCUCUGCUGGUGUUUGUCAACCCGAAGAGCGGAGGAAACCAGGGAGCCAAGAUCAUCCAGUCUUUCAUGUGGUACCUGAACCCUCGGCAGGUGUUCGACCUGACGAAGGGAGGACCCAGAGAGGGGUUGGAGCUGUAUGCCAAAGUGCCCAACCUGAGGAUCCUGGCCUGUGGGGGAGACGGGACGGUGGGCUGGAUCUUGUCGGUGUUGGACCAGCUGAAGCUCCGUCCUCAGCCUCCCGUGGCCGUCCUUCCUCUGGGGACCGGCAACGACCUGGCGAGGACUCUCAACUGGGGAGGGGGUUACACUGACGAACCGAUAACAAAGAUCCUUUCACACGUUGAGGAUGGAAACAUCGUCCAGCUGGACCGAUGGAACCUGAACGUGGAGGCGAACCCCGAGGCCCGGCCGGAGGACAGGGACGAACAUCAGACAGACAAGCUUCCUAUCGACGUCUUCAACAACUACUUCAGUCUGGGCUUCGACGCUCACGUCACGCUGGGCUUCCAUGAAUCCAGAGAGGCGAACCCGGAGAAGUUUAACAGCCGCUUCAGGAACAAGAUGUUCUACGCAGGGACGGCCUUCUCAGAUUUCCUGAGCGGGAGUUCGAAAGACCUCGCCAAGCACAUCAGAGUGGUGUGCGACGGUACAGACCUGACGGCCAAAGUCCAGGAGAUGAAGUUACAGUGUCUGCUCUUCCUCAACAUCCCCAGGUACUGUGCCGGCACCGUGCCGUGGGGUCACCCCAGCGAGCAUCAGGACUUUGAACCGCAGCGUCACGACGACGGCUGCAUCGAGGUCAUCGGCUUCACCAUGACGUCUCUGGCCACGCUGCAGGUGGGCGGUCAUGGUGAACGGCUCCAUCAGUGUAAAGAAGUGACCCUCACCACCUUCAAGUCCAUCCCCAUGCAGGUGGAUGGAGAGCCCUGCAAGCUGGCACCGUCCAUCAUCCACAUCAACCUGAGGAACCAGGCCAACAUGGUGCAGAAGGCCAAGAGGAGGAUCUCCAUGCCCCAUCUCAACGAUCAGCAGCCUGUUCCUGAGAAGCUGCAGAUCAGAGUGAACAGGAUCAGCAUGGCAGCGUACGAGGCUCUGCACUACGACAAGGACCAGCUGAGGGAGGCCUCGACGCCGCUGGGAGUGAUCACCGUCCCCGGAGACAGCGACCUGGAGACCUGCCGCCUGCUCAUCGAGCGUCUGCACGACAACCUGGACCAGGACUGCGAUGCGAUGAAGGGAGAGUGUCUGUCUUCACAGAAGUUGUCCAUGAAGUGGUGUUUCCUCGACUGUACAACAGCUGAUCGCUUCUACAGGAUCGACCGAGCUCAGGAGCACCUGAACUACGUGACGGAGAUCUCCCAGGAGGAGCUGUACAUCCUGGACCCGGAGCUGGUCGCCAAGGAGACGGUGGGCACCUCCCCCGGCAUGCCUGACCUGGUGGACUCCGAGGAGCACCAGGACCAGCAGAGGCAGUUCGCCUUCCCCUGCUCCCCGUCCUCCCCCAAAUCCUCCCCCGCUCCGAGGGCCAGAGACUGUCAGAGGAAGAGGAUUUCCAGCGACAGCUCGGUGGCCGAGGCCCUGAACCAGAGCUCGGCCAAGACUACGCUCUGCAGGAGGGGGGCAAAGAUUCUCAAUGUCCAUCGCUCCAAUACCACCCUCGCUGAUUUCAGCCCCGUCAUUAGUCCUUCCAGCGCUACCUCGCCCGACCCCGAGAAAGAUGCAGCGUUGAUCAGCUGCAUCAAGACUGAAGACCUAAACAGACUGAUGGAGCUCCACCAGCAGGGGGCGGACCUCCUGCUGCAGGACGCCGCCGGCUGCACGCUGCUGCACCACGCUGUGGAGGCCGGCAGCAAAGAGAUCCUCAAGUACCUCCUUGACAACGUGCCCGCAUCUCACCUGGACAUAACGGAGAAGGAGACAGGCGAGACGGCGCUCCAUAAAGCCGCCUCCUCCUGUCAGAGGAGUAUCUGUCACUACCUGGUGGAGGCCGGGGCGUCGCUCAUGAAGACGGACCUGCAGGGCGAGACUCCCAAACAGCGCUCUGAGAAGGCCAACGACCGGGAACUGGCCGAAUAUCUGGAGAACCGCCAACAUUACCAGAUGAUCCAGAGAGAAGACCAAGAGACGGCGGUCUGAAGUCCACCCUGUCUGUCCAAAACAUCUGUCUGUCCUUAGGUCUUUCGUUUAUUUACUCCUUCCUCCGCAGGGUCAAAGAGCACAGUUAGGCCUAACUCCGCAGACCGGGCGUAUAGACGGCAACAUAUCAGCUAGUGCUUCUCCUCUGCUGUAACGGGCAGGAGGCCGGUAGACACAUAAAAACGGAUUAUCAUCAUUUUUUUUUUUUCCCUCAAACUGCUUUAAUUGACCAGAGCUGACGCUUCGUUGUGGAUGAAGUCGGGUUUGUAGAAGCCUGAAAACGCCUCGGUCCUCCGGUCGAGUCCAAACUAAAGAACCUAAAAGCCUCUGGACACUAAAGUGAAUUCAACCGCGUCUCCUCAGGCCACAAAGACUUUCAGAUCUGCAAACUGCGUUUUGAAUGUGGCUUUAUCGACUCAGCGUUAGCGCUCUGACUUCUGUGUUAAACGACAAAGAUGUGUGUACAGUAAAGUGCCGUUGACGGGAAACAACGGCUGCUUUGACCGAACAGCGACUGCAUUCAUGUGUCUGCAGCUGAACGGGAAAACGUGUCUUCUUUCCAGCUUCUAGCGACCUUCUGGAUGUAUGUGUUUACUCGACAGAAAUAAGUGUUUGUCCAGACUCUGAAUAUUUAACUUAGACACAGAUGAAUUUAGCUAUUUAUGAUUUACUUGUGGAGAUGAAACACAUGUCGCUUGUGAUCAAACGCACUGAAGCGAGUCGUCCACUGCUUCAGUCUGAAUUUUAGAUAUUUCGGUCAACAUAUGAGAUUUGUUUUUGUAAUUAUUUUUUUUGUCUGUUACAUAACUGUAAAGCAAAUGGCUGCCAGCAGGAUGUUUUCAUUGUGAUGUGUAUCUACUGUGUAAACAGUUCUAAACAGAAGCUGAAGCCAGAUUCUGCCAAAGCAGUCGAGUCUGUAUUAAUAAUAAGUAACAGUCAGUGACAUCAUACUGUAUGAUAUUGGAGUAAUAACUGUUUUGUUUGGUUUUAUCAUUUCUGAGUGACCUGCAAUAAAGCAUGUCAGUUACA